UCUCCCAUUUUUCUCUCCAAAAAACAGGAAAAAUAAAUAAAUAAAUCUGAGAGCGGAUUCCCUCUUUUCGUCUGCCGCCAAUGGCCGACGGAGGCGGGAUCGAGAGCCGUGGCUCCUCCACCGUUGCCGGAGCGUACGUUAUCCCCGACAUCCUCUUGAGGCUGCCAAUGAAGACCCUCAUGCUGUGCAAGUACGUCAGUAAGCCAUGGUGCGACCUGAUCCGCAGCCCCGCCUUCGUCGCCGCCCACCUCCGCCACUCCUCUCACCUUGGCCGCGGCUACCAUCUCCAAAUGCCCCAGGUCUCCGAGAGCCCUUUCAUCGAUGACCCUGUACUCCCGCCGGGCUGGGACCUCACGCACCCCGACUUAUGCUCCCUCGCCUCGGAGUCCACCUUCGCCAAGCGCGGCACAGUCCCCGUCACGAUCGACCCCAACUCCCAUGCUUUCCAGAUCGUCGGCUCGGUGAACGGCCAGAUCUGCAUCAGCCGGCUUCAUCCGCGGGAGGCGUUUUGCCCCUUCUUCCGCCACUGGAACCCCAGCAUCAGGAAACUGGAGAAUCUUGGAAAUGAGCGCUUUGAAGUGAAGUUCACUUGCCAGAGCGGCAUCACAAUCAGCAGGUUCGGUUACGAUCCCGAGUCGGAUUCGUAUAAGGUCGUGAGGAUCACUUAGGACCGAGUUGCCAGAGGCAGUUCCUUGCUGAAAGUAUCUCAGGCCGAGGUUCACCUUGCUGGGCUCUGAUUCCCGGAGUCUGUUUAAGCCGAAGAACGUAUCAUGUCUUGCAGGUGGAUACCGGAGCCUGUGCCUCUAUGGAGCGAUUCACUGGGCAGCAUCAGAGUCGCUGGACCAUGCAUACAGUUCGAUAUUGACAUUUGAUGUUGCUGCGGAGGCUUUUCGCGAGAUUCCGAUGCCACAUGACUGCCUUGAUGGAAUUGAUCUUGAGGAGGGGAUGCCAUGUGUAUUUAUCAACAACUAUAAGAACAAGGUCUGCUUGAUAGUUCACUUCCCCAAUUUUGGGACCGGUGGAGGACAAAGGAUACACGUAUGGGUGAUGAAUGAGUACGGGGUUUUGAGCUCAUG